AUGGACCUCGACGAGUUCUCGGAUGAUGGAUUCGACGACCUGACGGACAACGCUCUCCAGGAGCUCGAGCGGAAUGCCGUCCGCCUCACCCAGGCUCCCCCGAGCGAGCCCAGGGUGCCGUCGCAAGACGCGCAACAACCGUACUCUGAGUAUGGCUGGGACGGAGAGGACGACGACCUCGAUACGACCGAAGUCACCAACGAUGUCGGCGUUCCCAUAGGGCGACCCGUCAUCGACAAUACCUUGCAGCGGCGGCAGCAGCGGCAGCAGCAGCAGCAGCAGGAGCAGAGGCAGAGGCAGCAAACCCAACAGGAGCGCCAGCAGCAAGUUCCACGACGACCCAUCCCUCCGGUGCCGAACCCGCGAUGGAAUCCCGCCGUCGACCCUGCCACCAGACCCGGCCCUGGCGCUCGCCUCCCGCCGAACCAACCCUUCCUCGGCUCACAGAGGUUCCAGCCGCGACAGAGCCAAGGGCAGGCGAGCCAAUUUGCCCGGCCGCUCCCUGCACCUCACUUCGGCCCGUCGCAGGCCCCCUCGGGAGAUGUCGUCUCGGCGCUGCAGCAGCGGUUGCGGGCGCUCGAAGCCGAGCUCAACGUCGCGCGCGGCGAAGCGUCCAUCAUCCGAACCAACUCGACAAAGGCCCAGCAAGAGUACGACGCUCGGAUCGCCCGUCUCACCAAGCUCAACCAGGAGCAGCUGGCGACGCAAGAGCGCCGAGUCGAGGCCGCCGUCGCCGCCGAGAGGACGGCGAGCACGGAGCUGCAGUUCCUGCAGAGGGACAUGAAGGAGGUCAGCGACCGGGCUCGUCGGAAAGACACCGUCGCCGCGCCCUUGACGACGCCGAAGAAGGCGGCCAAGACGUGGGGCAUAGCCGAUGGCUUCGACGAAAUGGACAUUGCCGUCAGCCCCAGCAAAGGCCAAGGUCGAGGCAGGGGCUCCGGUUCCGUCGCCGCCCACGUUGGGGAGCGAACGCCGAGCAAAGGCAAGAGGAAACGACCGAUGGCCGACAGCCCGAUGGCGGCGCUCGAGAUGGAAAUGGACCAUGUCGUCGGCAUCGAAGAUCGACCAGCCAGCCAGGCGCCCCAACCGGCCACCGUCUCGGCCGCCCCGACGGCCCCUUUCGAGUUUCUUCCCCUCGUCCUCGACCACGGGGGCCUGCACCAACAACCGCCGACCUUUGAGACCUUGCUGCGCUUCGCGUUCCCCUCCGACCCGACCGGUGCCUCGUUUGCGACGGCCAUCUUCGAGAAGCUGCCGCUGAUGGGCAAUCCUGAGCGGCCGAUGCAGCUCCUCGUCGACUUCUCCGAGCAUCUUGUCGCCAUGUGGACGAGAUGCGUCGAGGAGGAGUACUGGGAGCCCAUCAAGUACCUCGUCAGCCUCAUCGCCUUCGCCUUUGACCUCCACGCCACGUCGGUCGCUCCGCUCGUCGUCGCAAACCUCGCCGCCAUCGGGCAGUCGACCAUCGCGCCCCUGGCCGAGGGCCGCCGCCGUCUGCCGGACGGCAACCUUUCCAGCAGCGACGAGUACGGCUUCCUGGAGGAGCACGUCGACACGACGCAGAUCCUGUCGCUGCUGCACAUGUCGGCGUUGGCCUGCGCGACGACGCCGAGCGCAUCGGACGGCGGGUUCGAGUAUACGGCCGCCGGCUUCUGGAGGCUCAUGUCGCUGGAUUUGGUCAUUCUGCUCCUGACGGCGAAGCAAAAGCUGAGUGACGUGAUUGGCAUGCUGGACCUGCUGGCAUCGUCCUCGCUGCCGUCGUCGAUCGGGCCCAUCACCGACGAGGCCGAGCCGGCCGUCAUCGCCCGGGCCGUCAUCGAACGAGUGUCGGCCAAGCUGACGGAGCCUGCGCGUUCUGCCAUGACACCUUCGGAGCGUCGGAGGGUGCGUCUCGCGGCGCUGCGCACGCUCAUCGCGUUUGCGAGGUAUCCGUUUGGUGCGACGCAGCUUGCAUCCCACGACAGCGCCCUGCCGCGUCUCGUCACCUGCCUGAGCGGAUCGAUAGACGACCUGUACGACCAAGCGACGCCUUCGAGCAUGACGCCUCGGCUGCCGGACGUCACGACCUUGUCAUCCCUCAAACUCCCGGAGUCGAGCGCGUGCGCGGACCUGCAUCGCAUCAUCUCGCAGGCGGUGCUGCUCAUUCACACGCUCGUCACGGACCCGGCCACGUCCAACGUGGCCGACAUCAGCCGAAAGCUGUCCAUGGCGCAUGGCGGCAGUCAGCGGUACCUCCUCGCCCUCGGUCGACUUACCUUUGCCGAGGAGGACCUGGUCAUCGAGGCGGGCAUCGAAGGGGAGGUGGUGGAGGCAGCGCAUGAGCUGCUCGAGAUGGCCGUGACGCCGGAUGAGGGGCAGGCUGUGAGUGAGGCCUUUGGCGCGUGA